AUGGGAGACAAGCCAAUUUGGGAGCAGACCGGAUCUGGCUUCAUUCGAAAUUAUUACCAGUUAGUUGAUAACAACAGACUCCAACUAGGCACAAUUUGUAUUGACACAUCACGGGAAGGACAACAAUUCCUAGGGAAAGAUGAUGUAGAGAAAUUGUCUACUCCGUUCCAGAAAACCCAGCAUGGCAUCGUGGCACAAGACCAUCAUCCUGUGCCGGACAGUUGCAUCAUCAGCAUGGUUGUGGGCCAGCUCAAGGUCGGUGGAGACCCCACUGUGGGGUUCCACCACACGUUCCUAUUAAAGAACAUCAACGAUGCUUGGGUUUGCAGCAAUGGCAUGAUCAGGCUUGCCCUGCACAAACUGACCUCCUCCCCCUCCCAGCCAGGCACUCUUGCUGUCUCCUCCCCCUCCUCUUCCUGA